GUAGAGGAGGACCAUCUUUUUCUGUUUUCACGGCGGUAAGAUCGAGAACCCAUAGCCAUUAUACAGAUAUGGUAAGCAUCUUGCAAAGCUGGCCCGAACCUGUUGUGCGAGUUCAAUCAGUCUCAGACAGCGGAAUAAACUCUAUUCCUGAGUGCUACGUUAAACCAAUAUACGAUCGGCCCUACGCCCAUGACCUCCGGUCAACAGAAGCCAACAUUCCUGUUAUUGAUCUCGCUAACAUUGACACCAGUAACCCUACCUUACGCCAAACAACAUUGAAUCUCAUCUCAGACGCUUGCCGCCAGUGGGGUUUCUUCCAGGUCAUCAACCAUGGUGUCAGCCACCAUCUGAUGGCGGCAACAAGGAAUAUCUGGCGGGAGUUCUUCCAUCUACCUUUAGACGUGAAACAGGAGUAUGCCAACUCUCCGGCCACCUACGAGGGCUACGGCAGCCGUCUUGGGGUGGAGAAAGGUGCGAAAUUGGAUUGGAGUGAUUACUUCUUCCUUCACUGCCACCCAACUUCAGUUAGAAAUGAACGUAGGUGGCCAGCUCAGCCAGCAUCUUGCAGGAAAAUGGUGGCCGAGUACAAUGAUGAAGUCGUGAAACUAUGUCGACAAUUGAUGAAAGUUUUCUCUCUGAACCUUGGAUUAGAAGAGGAUUAUCUUCAAAACGCAUUUGGAGGGGAUGAAAUCUCGGCUUCACUGAGAGUUAAUUUUUACCCAAAAUGCCCUCAGCCGGAUUUGACUUUGGGAAUCUCACCACAUUCUGAUCCAGGUGGUAUCAUCAUUUUGCUGCCUGAUGAUCAUGUUUAUGGCCUACAAGUCCGUAAAGAUGAUGCUUGGGUCACAGUUAAGCCAAUCCCUAAUGCUUUCAUUGUAAACCUUGCGGAUCAACUUCAGGUUCUAAGCAAUGCUAAGUACAAGAGUGUAGAGCAUCGUGUGAUUGUUAAUUCAAAUGAAGAGCGAGUCUCAUUAGCCUUCUUCUACAACCCGAGGGGAGAUGUUCCUAUUCAGCCAGCCAAGCAGCUAGUAACAGGCGAUGAACCUGCCUUGUACCAUCCCAUGACUUUUAAUGAGUAUCGUACUUUCAUCAGGUUAAAUGGUCUUCAUGGGAAAUCACAAGUUGAGUCGCUCAAAUGUCAACACUGACAAUCUGCGCGCAUAUGCUUAUUCCAUGUUAAAAAACUUUCAUAUUACUUUUAGUGUGGACUCUUGGAUCACUUCUAUGCCGUAUUAUUUCAACAUGU